UAACUCCCCUGCCCCUCUUUAUAACAUACAUUAGGUUUUUCAUUUUUCUUUCAAUUUCAAAUAAUGGCAAUUUCAGGGUCAGAGUCACAGACUCAAACUUCAACAACAACAACUACUACUACUACUGUGAAAACCGUUAAUCAGGUAGUUGAAGUUGAGAUUGUGAAAUGUGACUCAUGUGGUUUCACUGAAGAAUGCACACUUGCAUACAUCUCAAAAGUACGUCAAAGAUAUCAAGGUAGAUGGCUUUGUGGACUCUGUGUUGAAGCAGUUAAAGAUGAAGUUGUUAGAUCAGAAAGACUUAUCACCAUUGAAGAAGCUUUGAAUCGGCACAUUAGUUUCUGUAAAGAGUUCAAAUCAUCAUCAUCAUCUACUGCUCUUAAUAAAACUGAGCAUCCUAUCUUUGCUAUGACUCGAAUUCUUCGCCGGAGUUUGGAUUCUCCUCGUGCUCCUCGUGUGCCUCGUCGAUCCAAUUCAGCCAGAAUUCUUCCUAAGGUUGAUGCUGUUCAUUCUUCGCCCUCGUUGGUUCGAUCAGAAAGCUGCUUCUCAUCAAUAUCUGGUUAAUUAAAAUUUUUAGUUUAGACUUUUUUUUUUUCAGUUGAAAUUAAAACUGAACAUAUAAAUUUUCUUUCUGAGUAUGGGUGUGUUUUUUUCUUUUCUUUCUCUGACUAUGACUAAUGUUAAAAUUAU